AUAUUUGUUUCAACUAUUAUGAACUGUGAGAAAGAUAGUGCCUCCUGUUGGACAGUGGUUAUGCGACAAAGAAGAAGAAAAAAUGUCUCAUCGAGUAGGCAUUCUGAGAGUUCGCGAGGUAGUGCGAUAGUGUGCCCGUCAGAUGCGAAUUUCAAGAAGAAUGAUAGAGAUUCUACAGAGCUUAGACUUCAGGAAGUUGAUCACGACACCGUUUCUAGUCCCUUUGGAAACUUGGAGCGUUCAGAUUAUUCUGACGUUGUUAGAGAGCUGCUUUGCGAAGUUUCAAGGUUGAAGGAACAAGUACAAGACUCUAAAUGGUGGCAUGAACUUUUAAAGUUAUUAUUCUCUCAUGGUCUUGUCUGUUUAGAUGGUCCUUCUAAUGUCUUUGGGUAUUGGAAAUCUUCUGUGGAGCAACAAGCCUAUUCUCGGAAACGUGUUGGAAAGCUGAUAUGUUAUGGUCUAGGAAGUUUUGAAAAUUCUGCUAUAUCCAGAUAUCAGUUGGCACUCGCGAAACUUUUGCAAGAGUGCUGUGUAGCGAAUGUAAAGACUGACCACUGUGGCUCAUGGUAUAGUUGCUCAUCAGUUUAUGAUCCUGUUAUGAGUGCAGUAGAUAUAGAAUUGUGCACACUUUUAGGGUUUGUUCAAGCUGAACCCACUUUUCAACUUUCAAGCAAGCAUGUGAGUUGUGAAAGGUUGAAACCCAUUUCUGUUGUUAUGGAGGAGGAUUUUUGUAAGUUAUUUUUUAUGCCACAUUGUGGUCGUUCUCUUUACAAUACAGUAUUGAAAGAGAAUUGGACUCGGAAUAGGCUGCAUAAAGUUAUUAUUCUGGGAAACAGCUUUUCAUUUUACCAAACGUUUGGGAGCAUGGUUGACGUGGAUUCUUAUUUGGGUCUUGCAAGUAGGUGGAUGAAGGAGUUGAAAUGCUCGAAUGCGCAGUUCUCACCUUUGUACGAAGCAUUCAAUGACUUGAGCGUGCAUAUAUUUCCUACUGAAAAUUUACCACCCGAAAAUGACCAAGUUUGGACUACAGCUCAUAAAGAAAUAACACUAGACUAGUUGUUUUGUAGACCAUUCAACAGCAACUGCGUUGACGAAGAGGAUAACUGUUUUUUUUGGACAGUUGGUUGUUUAUGUAUUCCUUUUUUUUUGAACAUG